AAACCACUUGAAACUACAGCAAUGCAUGCAUUGGAAAGAGAACAACAAAAACCACAUAUGCAGAAACCGAAUCAAAAAGAAGCGAGCGUGCGCAAAUCAACACCGACAUGCCAAGAACAACAAUUUGAUACGAUUCAGUUAUCCUCGGAUGAGGAGCAAGCUGGCACAGCAACAGCAACGCAUGAGCAACGAAAUCGCAGUCGCACGCGUAGUCGCAGUCACAGUCACGGUAGUAGCAAUAGCAGCAGCAGUCUGUCGUCGACGCUUUCUUCUUCCUAUCGUUCGCUGGACUAUGAAGCUGAAGCCGAUGAAGAGGAUGCCAACGAAUGUGAAGGGUUGGAAUUGCAACGCAAAUUGGCUGGUGGCAAUGAUAAUUUAAUGCAUGUACAGAAUUUUCUUAACUGCUUUGAUACACCACAGCAGAGACGCAUACAACAAAAGGCGACAACAAAACCAGAGGAGCAGCAGCAGCAGCAGCAAAUGCUGCGACAGCAAGACGAAAUUCCGCACAGAGAUGAAAUAAACCGAAGUGAGCAAUCAGCUUGCGUUGACCUAUGCGCGACUAAUGAAUUGGCAGAACAUAAUGAUAAGAUUGAUGCAAUUGGCAUUACAACAGCGGCAGCGGAAGCAACCGUCACGGAGGAAAUGCCAACAACAUCAAGUGCAGUAGUCGCUACGAAGGCUUUAAAUAAGCCCUGCAAAUUUACAAUUUCAACAAAAUUUUUACGCAAGCCGCGUCAUAAGCUGAAAUCGGUUAAUAUAGCGCCAACAGCGGAUGUGAGCAAUGCAUUGGUGACGACAACCAGUAAGGGUAGUGAGGAAAUUCUCGAAAUGCAGGAGUUGCGCGAAAAGCUACAACAACAGAAGGGUGAACAUAUUUCGCAGCAGCAGCAUGAACAACGACAACAACAAAGGCAACAACAUCUGCCAGCACAAGUCGAUGAACCGAAUGUUAAAUUCAAUUCGAAUUUCUCCAUUAACUCGCUUUUGAAUAAGAGAUAAAUACGAAUAUUAUCGCAUAACAGUUGUGUGUAGGGAAAUGCAAAAUGAGUUUUACAAGAAUUGUAUUCAUUUUGGUUAUCAAUAGUUA